AUGGCCACCGAGGCCUCUAUUGCCCUCACCAACCGUUCUCUCCGUAACAUUCGCACUGAACUCGAAUUCCUCGCGGACACUUCCAUCAUCUCGCCAGAACAGUUGUCGUCUAUCCUGGCCCAACUACCAGCCCAGACUCCCUUACAUGCUCCCUUACAACCCCCGGCCAGUGUCUCGACCAACACACCCGUCGACCAGUUCUCGAACAUGAGCAUGAAGGAACAUUAUGCUCCAGUUCCAACGCCGGCUCCUCUUCCUCCUCCAGCAUAUGUGCAGGACCCACAGAUACUAGCAGUUGCAACGGCUCUCUAUGCAUACACGCCCACAGACGCCGGAGACUUGGCGCUGCAACAAGGAGAUCGGAUACUUGUCACAGAGCACAUGAAUAAUGACUGGUGGCGGGGUCGAAAUGAACGUACAAAUAUGGAGGGCAUUUUCCCUCGAAGCUACGUCAAUGUCGUCGAUGAGAAACGGCCGCCAAUGGCUCAACCGCAACCAUCGGAUUAUGGCAAUAUGCCCCUUCAAAUCACUCAGACGGGUUCCACUACCAAUUCCGACCCCCGAAAGUACAGCAAGUUCGAGGAACAGGGCAAGAAGUUCGGAAAGAAGAUGGGCAAUGCCGCCAUCUUCGGAGCCGGUGCGACCAUUGGCAGCAACAUCGUCAAUGGUAUAUUCUGA